GACCUCCAGAGGCCGCUUGCUCUUGCGAUGGCCCCAAUCCCUCCGCAUGUUUCACAUACCAUUGCUGUGUCCCGAUUUUAUGGCUCGCACGCUCUCCCAUCAUCUCAUGACACGAAUUAAUAUAGCAUCCUGCGCUGUGUGUGUGUGUGUGUGUGUGUGUGUGUGUGUGUACCGUGCCGUGCAAAGGAAGCGCGCGUGUGUGAGUGUGUUGUACGCGUUGUGCGAGUGAGUGGUAGUGUGUGGUGAACGGAGCGAGUGAGACGCGCGCGCCGGCGUGCGAGCGAGAGGGUGUGUGAAUGUGGGUGCUCUUUGACGCCCUGAACGUGUGUUAGUUAUCAACAUCAGCCAGCAAAGACGACGACGGCAGAGGGCAGGCAGUCGCUAGGGGCCGCGCCGCACUCUGCAACUCGCCUCCUCCGGUAGUGGCCAGCGACCGCAGGACCGCAGAACCCCGCGGCAGCAGCGAUGGCCAGCGCCGUCCUCAUCUCUGCGCCAAGGCAGCGCUUCGGCGUGCGCCACCUCCAGGCCUCGCUCAUGGCCCUCACCUCGCUGGUGGCCUACACGCUGCGGGCCAACCUGAGCGUCGCGGUGGUCGCCAUGGUCCGUACGCCAUCUCCCGACGGCCCGGGCAACUCCAGCAGCAGCAGCCAAGGGGAGGGCAGCGCCGAGGAGUACGGCGUGGGCGGCGCAAGGGUGUUCGACUGGGAGGAGUGGCAGCGGGGCUGGCUGCUCAGCGCCUUCUUCUGGGGCUACACGCUGAGCCAGGUCCCCGGCGGCACGCUCUCCCACCGGCUCGGCGGCGCGCGCCUCCUCAAGUUCGUCAUCAUCUCCACGUCGCUCUUCACCGUGGCGUUCCCGCUGUGCGCCGAGUACGGCGGCUGGCUGGCCGUGUUCGCCAACCGCGUCGUGCAGGGUGUGACGCAGGGCCCGCUCUACCCGUCUAUUUACACCCUGCUGGGAGUGUGGGUGCCACCGCAGGAGAGAGAGUUCGUAACGACGCUCGUCAUGGGAACGCAGCUGCUCGCCCCAGCUCUGGCCUCCCCUGUGUGCGGCUACAUGGCCGCGAACUGGGGCUGGCCGUCCAUUUUCUACGCGUUUGGGGCUGCCGGGCUGUUCGUGGGCGGGCUGCUGUGCUGGCUGGCCUCGGACAAACCCUCCCUGGACACUCGGAUCUCGCCCGAAGAGGUGGCCUACAUCGAGAGCUCCCUUCAAAUGACAGAGUCCUCGUUAAAGAAGACGGCACCGCCACUCACACCGUGGCUCUCCGUCCUGCGUUCGCCGUGCGUAUGGGUGUUGUGGAUCAGCAUGUCCGUCCAGGCCAUGGCGUUCUUCAUCCUGCUCACCACCAUCCCGACGUACCUCAGCUCCGUGCUGGGCUUCAGCCUCGAGGAGAACGGGCUGAUCACCGCGCUGCCGUACCUCACCGGCUUCUUCGCCUCCUACCUGUUCAUGGGCGCAGCCAACGUCAUCAACUCCCGUAAGCUGCUCAACACUACCAACUCCAGGAAGCUCUUCAACGCCCUGGCGGGCGUCCCCAUCUCGAUAUGCGUGGUCGCCACGGGGUACGUCAGCUCGCCGGCCGUCUCCGUCGUGCUCAUCUGCCUGUCGAUGGGCUUCUUCGGCUCGACCAUCGUGGCCGUGCAGGCCAACUACCUGGACAUCGCACCCCUGCACUGCGGCCCGAUCUACUCGGUGGGCAACAUGAUGGCGGCGCUGCUGGGCGUGGCGGCGCCCAUCGCCGUCGGCUUCAUUGUGACCAACCCGAGGGACGUGCUCCAGUGGCGGAUCGUGUUCUGGUUGGAGCUCGUGUGCAUGUGUACCGCGGUCGUGUUCUACACCUGGCUGGGGUCCGGAGAGGUGCAGCCCUGGAACGACCCGGCGUACAACAAGAAAAAGACCUUCAAUAUCCAGGAGGUUGAACGCGCAGAAUCAGAGGACGACGAUGACGCUCUCAAAAAGGAUACCGACAACAAUUCUUCGGACCGAACAAUAAUGUGCAAUAAAAACGUUGAAUGAAACCUA